GCCGGGCGCUCGCCACUUCCGGCGCGUUGGAGCUGUUGGUUGGGGUUAGCCGCGCGGCGCGAGCGGGCGGCUUCAGGGUGGAAGCGCGCAGGGAUGCUCCAGGGGCUGGCGGGGGUGGCGGCCGUGUGGGCUGAGGCGGCGAGGAUAGCGCGGGUCUCCGGGCCUCUUCACUGAGCCGGUCCCUCCGGCUGCGCCGCCGAGGCCCCUCCAGCCUCUGCCCCUUCAGCCUCGCGGCUGGGCCCGCCUCUGCUUCUGAACGCGGAGGCCGGGGAGCCCCUGCCUGGGCCCGGAGCCUCCCCUCGGGGGUCGGGCCCGGGCAGGGGGCCCCGAGACGCUUCCCUCCCUACCGGCCUCUGAGCCCCAUUUCCUGCUUUUUCAGCUUCCUUGAAGGGGGGGUGUGGGUCUUGAUGAAUUGUUCCGGGGGUCCCCAAUGAAGCAGGGGCCGCGUUCUUUUUAGAGGGUCCCCGCGGGGCCUGGGUGGGGAAGCGGUUCUUUGUGCAUGGGCGGGGGACUUCCCGAGCCUGCCGGGACCAUGACCUGACCUGUGCGAGCGGGACGUGUCGGAAGCCCGAGAGCCAGCUCACCUGAGCCGUCCCCUUCCCCUGCCAGCAUGGCAUCUGAAGAAGCCUCCCUCAGGGCAUUGGAAAGUCUGAUGACAGAGUUUUUUCAUGACUGUACAACCAAUGAAAGAAAACGUGAGAUAGAGGAGCUUCUUAAUAACUUUGCCCAGCAAAUAGGAGCCUGGAGAUUCUGCCUGUAUUUUCUUUCCAGCACUAGGAAUGACUAUGUGAUGAUGUACAGUUUGACGGUUUUUGAGAAUCUGAUCAAUAAAAUGUGGCUUGGGGUCCCAUCUCAGGAUAAGAUGGAAAUCCGUAGCUGCCUACCCAAACUCCUUUUGGCUCACCACAAAACCUUACCUUACUUUAUCCGGAACAAGCUCUGCAAAGUUAUUGUUGAUAUUGGCCGUCAAGAUUGGCCUAUGUUCUACCAUGACUUUUUUACUAACAUUUUACAGUUGAUCCAGUCCCCUGUGACAACCCCCCUGGGGCUGAUCAUGUUGAAGACAACUUCAGAAGAGCUGGCUUGUCCCCGCGAAGACCUCAGUGUGGCUCGGAAGGAGGAGUUGCGGAAACUGCUGCUGGACCAGGUGCAGACGGUGCUUGGGCUGCUGACAGGUAUCUUGGAGACUGUCUGGGAUAAACACAGCGUUACUGCUGCCACCCCACCACCAUCCCCGACCUCAGGAGAAAGUGGUGACUUACUGAGUAACCUGUUGCAGAGUCCUAGUUCAGCCAAACUGUUGAACCAGCCAAUCCCCAUCCUUGAUGCGGAGAGUGAGUAUAUCUGUUCCCUGGCCUUGGAGUGCCUGGCCCAUCUCUUCAGUUGGAUUCCUCUGUCUGCCAGCAUCACCCCAUCCCUCCUUACCACCAUCUUCCACUUUGCGCGCUUUGGCUGUGACAUCCGGGCCAAAAAGAUGGCAUCAGUUAACGGCAGCAGCCAGAACUGUGUAUUGGGUCAGGAGCGCGGCCGGCUUGGGGUCCUGGCCAUGUCCUGCAUCAAUGAACUCAUGUCCAAGAACUGUGUGCCUAUGGAGUUCGAGGAGUAUUUACUGCGUAUGUUCCAGCAGACUUUCUACCUCCUGCAGAAAAUCACCAAGGAUAACAAUGCCCACACGGUGAAGAGCAGGCUAGAAGAACUCGAUGAGAGCUACAUUGAGAAGUUUACUGACUUUCUGCGGCUUUUUGUGAGUGUGCACCUAAGAAGAAUCGAGUCCUACUCCCAGUUCCCUGUGGUGGAGUUUUUGACACUUUUGUUCAAGUACACAUUUCAUCAGCCUACUCAUGAAGGUUACUUUUCAAGUAAAAUUAAAAGUCGUCUGGGAGACAAGGAAGCAGUUCUCAACAGGUACGAAGACGCCCUAGUCCUCUUGCUCACGGAGGUGUUGAAUCGAAUCCAGUUCAGAUAUAACCAGGCCCAGUUGGAGGAGUUGGAUGAUGAGACACUGGAUGAUGAUCAGCAGACAGAGUGGCAGCGGUACUUACGCCAGAGCUUGGAGGUGGUGGCCAAAGUGAUGGAGCUCCUUCCCACACACGCCUUCUCGACACUGUUCCCAGUUCUUCAGGACAAUUUAGACGUUUAUCUGGGGUUACAGCAGUUUAUAGUUACUUCAGGGUCAGGACAUAGGUUGAACAUCACCGCAGAGAACGACUGCCGGCGAUUGCACUGUUCCCUGAGAGAUUUGAGCUCCCUGCUGCAGGCCGUGGGCCGCUUAACAGUGGUGGAGAGGUUGGUCAAAGUCACUCUGUAUGGAUCUCAGAUAAAAUUGUACAAUAUUGAAACUGCUGUACCAUCAGUAUUGAAACCUGAUCUCAUUGAUGUGCAUGCUCAGUCCCUGGCUGCUCUGCAGGCUUACUCGCACUGGUUAGCACAGUACUGCAGCGAAGCUCAUCGGCAGAACACACAGCAGUUUGUCACGCUCAUCUCUACUACCAUGGAUGCAGUCACACCUCUGAUCAGCACCAAGGUUCAAGACAAGCUGCUGCUAUCUGCAUGCCACCUACUGGUCUCACUGGCCACCACCGUGAGGCCUGUCUUUCUGAUCAGCAUCCCCGCAGUGCAGAAAGUGUUCAACAGAAUCACUGAUGCCUCUGCCCAGCGACUUGUUGAUAAGGCUCAGGUGCUGGUGUGUAGAGCCCUCUCUAAUAUCCUGCUGCUCCCAUGGCCAAACCUCCCGGAGAAUGAGCAGCAGUGGCCUGUGCGCUCCAUCAACCAUACCAGCCUUAUCUCUGCACUCUCCAGGGACUAUCGCAACCUGAAGCCGAAUGCCGUUGCCUCACAGAGGAAGAUGCCACUGGAUGACACAAAAGUGAUUAUCCAUCAGACACUUAGUGUCUUAGAAGAUAUCGUGGAGAAUAUCUCUGGGGAAUCCACCAAGUCCCGACAGAUCUGCUACCAUUCGCUGCAGGAAUCUGUUCAGGUCUCCUUGGCCCUCUUUCCAGCUUUUAUUCAUCAGUCAGAUGUGACAGAUGAGAUGCUGAGCUUCUUCCUCACUUUGUUUCGAGGCCUUAGAGUACAGAUGGGUGUGCCUUUCACUGAACAGAUCAUACAGACUUUCCUCAAUAUGUUUACCAGAGAACAGUUGGCCGAGAGCAUUCUCCAUGAAGGCAGCACUGGCUGUCGGGUGGUUGAGAAGUUCCUAAAGAUCCUGCAGGUGGUGGUCCAGGAACCUGGCCAGGUGUUCAAGCCCUUCCUCCCUAGCAUCAUCGCCCUGUGCAUGGAGCAGGUGUAUCCCAUCAUCGCUGAGCGCCCCUCCCCUGACGUGAAGGCCGAGCUGUUUGAGCUCCUUUUUCGGACACUCCAUCACAACUGGAGGUUCUUCUUCAAGUCUACUGUCCUGGCCAGUGUCCAGAGAGGGAUUGCCGAGGAGCAGAUGGAGAAUGAGCCUCAGUUCAGUGCCAUCAUGCAGGCUUUUGGACAGUCCUUUCUUCAGCCUGACAUCCACCUAUUUAAACAAAAUCUCUUCUACUUGGAGACUCUCAACACCAAGCAGAAGCUGUACCACAAGAAGAUCUUCCGGACCACCAUGCUGUUUCAGUUUGUGAACGUGCUGCUGCAGGUCCUGGUUCACAAGUCCCAUGACCUUCUGCAGGAAGAGAUCGGCAUCGCCAUUUACAACAUGGCCUCUGUGGACUUUGAUGGCUUCUUUGCAGCCUUUCUCCCUGAAUUCCUGACCAGCUGUGAUGGCGUGGAUGCCAACCAGAAAAACGUGCUGGGGCGGAAUUUCAAGAUGGAUCGGGACCUGCCCUCGUUCACCCAGAAUGUGCACAGGCUGGUCAACGACCUGCGUUACUACAGACUCUGCAAUGACAGUCUGCCCCCUGGCACUGUGAAGCUCUAGGCGUGGCCUGCUUACCUCCUAAGGGACACGAACUCCUGCCGCUGCCACCUGCACCACCUCGCCUUCCGCCACAGAUGUCUCCCAGACAAGUCUUGGCUGCUCCUUGGAUUCUCACACCCUGAGCCAUGUUGCCUGCCCUCUGCCCCUCCUCCACUCUAUUCUCCUGCCGCCCACCCAGCAGAACUGGCUUCAGGGUGUGUCUUAGCACUGGCUGGAGUGCCCAGGGCGUUGGGCAGGUGAAGGGCCAUGUGGCCAGGUACCAAGGAGGCACCGGGAAAUCCUCUGCGGUGGUCCAUGCAGAUCAUGCGUAUAUCAGUCAUGAGACAGAAAUGCCAAGGACAGCUUAUGACAGUGCCACCUUCUCACCAUUCCACCUCCCUACCGCUCCCCGGCCUAGCCGGCUCAGGAGAGACAGACAUGAUGUCGGAACUAUUUUGGCACUUCUCUCAAGCCUCCCUCCAGCCCUCCAGUUGCCUUGAAGUCUCUGCUCUCUUUGUUAGAGAUUUGCAGACUCAUGGUUUUUUUCGUUUUGUUUUUGUUUUUUUUUUUUGGUUUUCUCAUCAUUCCAUUGUGAUAUUAAGAAACUAAGAAGCUUAAUGAAAAAAUAAAAUGCUUAUGUUGUUAUAUAAA